GAAACCCGGGGGAGCGGUUCGGUGCCGGACCGGAAGCGCGGCUGCACGCGGUGAUGGCGGAGGGCGCGCAGUUGGGGCUCGAGCAGCAGCUGCCGGUGCUGCAGCAGUUGGAGCGGGUCGGGCUGUUCACCCACCACGAGAUCAGGGCGGUGGUGAGGAAAACCUCGGCUCUGGAGUACAAACUGCACCGCAGAGCUCUCAGCAAAGAGCACUUCAUCAACUUCAUUCAGUAUGAAAUUAACUUCCUGGAACUGAUCAAGAAAAGACGAGCACGAAUUGGUUAUACAUUCAAGAAGGACGAGAUUGAGUACAUAAUUAUUAACCGGAUUCAUAAUGUCUUCAAAGGAGCCACUGAGAAGUGGAAGAGUGACAUCAAGCUGUGGCUUUCACACAUCGCAUUUUGCAAGAAAUGGAACAACAAGCUGAGGCUCAGCAAAGUUUUCUCUGCAAUGCUGGCCAUUCACCCAGACAAGCCAGCACUGUGGAUCAUGGCUGCCAAGUGGGAGCUGGAGGAUCGCACGGCCUCAGAGAGCGCGAGGCAUCUGUUCCUGCGGGGUUUACGCUUUCAUCCCAAAUCUCAUAAACUGUAUCAGGAGUAUUUCCGGAUGGAAUUGAUGCAUGCAGAAAAACUACAGAAGGAGAAGACUGUCCUGGAGACUCAUCGGGACAAGAGUAAAUCUGCAUAUCCCAAGGAGAUCCUGCAGGGUGAGCUGGCGCGAGUUGUGUACAAAAAUGCCAUCGAGAAAAUCCCAGGUGAUGCUGAAUUCCACCUCUCGUUGCUGACAAUCGCUGCCCUCUUCAGUUUCACGCAGGAGCUGCAGAGAGAGAUUCUGCAAGAUUUACAGACACUUCACACCAACAACGCCACGACCUGGGACUUCCUGGCCAGACGUGAGCUGGAGGCUGAGCCUCUGCCAUUGGCUGGAGUGUUGCCACGACUACAAGCGUGUGAUGUGUCCCGGCGUGAGGGGCGGUGCCAUGCCGUGUAUGAGGAGGCCGUGUGCAAGGUGCCAACAGAGGCUGUGUGGAAAUGUUACAUCACCUUCUGCCUGGAGAGGUUUAAACGGAAAAGCAACAAUAAGGCCCUGCGAGAGAUGAGACAGACAAAGCUGCUGUCAGUGUUUGAACGGGCGCGUGAGAGCAACCUGUUUCCAGAAACUCUCUUACCGCAGUGGCUGCAGCUGCUGGUGGAUCUGGGCAAACCCGAGGAGGCAGCACGUGUGGCUAUGACUGAGGCUCGUUACAGUAGUUCAGUGCAGGUUUGGGUGCAACGGCUCCAGGUUCUGAUGGGGUUACAGAGCAAUGCUGUGAACAGCCUGUGUGAGGAAGCUUUCCGCCAGGUCCCACCCAAGGACAGUUUACCUUUGUGGACUCUCUGGUUGGAUUGGAGUGAAAACACAAACAGCCAGGAGGAAAUUGAAGCUAUUUAUCAGAAGGCGCUAUUGUCCCCAAUCAAGCCCGUCUCUGUGGCUGUGAAGGAGAAGUACCUGGACUGGGCGCACCGGACGGCAGGCUACCGAGGGGCAAAGAGAGUCUUCAACAGCCUGCGGGAGUCUCGGCCUUUCUCUCUGGAAUUUUUCAGGAAAAUGAUUGAGAUUGAAAAGGAGCAGGAAGCCUGUAAAAUGUUGCAGCUGCGAGAGGUGUAUGAGCGAGCGCUCCGCGAGUUUGGAUCCACAGAUGCUGACCUAUGGCUGGAUUACAUCUGGGAGGAGCACAGCCACCCACACGGGCAGCCAUGCAAUGUGGGGAAGCUGCACUGGAGAGCCAUGCAGGCGCUGCAGGGAGAGGGCGUGGAACACUUUGUGACUCAGUACACACUCCUCCAGACAGGACAUUUGGAGCAGGAGUGAGUGACCAUUAGCAACUGUCUAAAUAAACUAAACAGCAGACAACAGGCUCCGCUAACCUUUAAACCCACACCUGGAGCUCCUGCAAUGGCCAAUCCUUUCUUCAAAGAGAAACUACUAGAAACAGAGAAAAAAAUCAUGUGAUUAAAUUUUUUUCCCUGAACAAGUUCUCACUGUCUUGGUGUCUUGGCCCAGACACUCUGUCCCUGACAGGACGAGGAUCUGCGUGGGGUGGGGGGGCGAGGGAGCCAUGGAGCCAGCGAGGGUGGGGGUGAAAGUCUCACAGACUGAUGUCGGAGAGGCUGGUGUCCUGCUCAGCUUCUAAACAUAGCCUGUGUUUCUCUGUCCAACUUUGUUUUUUCUCUCUCUACAUUCCUGAGAUCUCAGAAAGUUCCUGAUUUAGUUUGGCGUCAGACCACAUCCAUCUAAUGUGUCCACCAGCUUUUAUUAAUAUUGACUACAGAUUAAAUGUAUGUAAUUUCCUCACUGGUAACCUCAGCCACUGUCCAGUCCAGUGUGAGGCCAGCUGUGUAUAAACAACGCAUUGCUGAUCAAGAUUCAUUUCCUUUGCAAACCAAGUUGUUUGGUUUCCUGUGGAAAAACUUUGUUUUGAGAGACUCAAGUAUAUUAAUUUCUUCUUGAAGUAUUAUAAAGAUUGUUUCCAUUUCCUCAUC